UUUUUUUUGGCGGUUGUUUAAAAGCCAGAGGGAGCUCGGGAAGCGGCUGCCGCUCCGAGCCCUCUUUCCCCCGAGUUUGUGACUGCUGGGUCCAAGAUGGACAAAGUCUGUGCUAUUUUUGGAGGCUCCCGAGGCAUUGGCAGGGCGGUGGCCCAGUUAAUGGCCCUGAAGGGCUACCGCCUGGCGAUCGUUGCCAGGAAUCUGGACGUGGCCAAAGCCGCCGCCAGUGACCUCGGCGGAGAUCAUUUGGCAUUUAGCUGUGAUGUUGCUAAAGAACACGAUGUUCAAAAUACAUUUGAAGAGAUUGAGAAACAUUUAGGUCAAAUAAAUUUCCUGGUAAAUGCAGCUGGUAUUAACAGGGAUAGUCUUUUAGUAAGAACAAAAACUGAAGAUAUGGUAUCUCAGCUUCAUACUAACCUCUUGGGUUCCAUGCUGACGUGUAGAGCUGCCAUGAAGACUAUGAUUCAACACCAGGGAGGGUCUAUUGUUAAUAUAGGAAGCAUUAUUGGUUUAAAAGGCAACUCUGGCCAGUCUGUGUACAGUGCCAGUAAAGGAGGAUUAGUGGGAUUUUCACGUGCUCUUGCUAAAGAAGUAGCUAGAAAGAAAAUUAGAGUGAAUGUAGUUGCACCAGGAUUUAUUCACACAGAUAUGACGAAAGACUUGAAAGAAGAACAUUUAAAGAAAAAUAUUCCUCUUGGGAGGUUUGGAGAAGCUAUUGAGGUGGCACAUGCUGUCGUGUUUCUUUUAGAGUCGCCAUAUAUUACGGGGCACGUUCUAGUAGUGGACGGGGGGUUGCAGCUCACCGUGUAGUUUGUAGAUCACUCAGGUAUUAGGAUGUUGGGGUCAAGGGCACAUGUUGGCUGUUGGUUAGACAAUGACACCUGCAUUUGCUAAUCAACUGUACUCAUGCUGCCAAUGCUGAUUUCCACCUUCAUAUGAAUAUAUCUGAAAAGAA